AUGAACCCCAACGACAGCGGCUCUGCCAACAAUGGCAACGGCCAUCUCAACGUCCCCGGAGACGAAGUUCCUCCUCCGCCAUACUCGGAGACUGAUGUCUACAGCACCUCGGGCGGCUCUCGCUCUCCUCACACAGCAUCAGCACCAUCAGUAGCCGCAUCGGCAACGGCAGCUGCGGCAACUCCAUCACACAGCUUCGUCGACGAUGCUGCUUCGUCGACUGCUGACGAGGUCAUUUACACGCCUCCUCUGACUCCUCGCACCUCUCCUGGCUCUGCGCAACCGGCCGCCUCGCUAUACUUUGAUCUGAGGCCUGCCCCCCAACAAGACACCGGCAGUGACAUGAUCCGCAUGACGCUUAUCCAUAAUAUUGAAGUGACUGAUAUCUCGCAACCUGAUGAUUUCCCUUAUGAGAGCGACUGGGCUGCCCGAGAUGUCACUGCGCUGGAUUGGUCCACCUUUAUCAAUUUCCUGAUUCCCGAUCAUAUGACAAGGCAGAAUGAAGUCGUCAUUCAUAGAAAGCUACUCGAUGAGAUGCAGAGAUCGGAAACAGGUAGCACCAACAACAACAACAACAACAACAACACAGCCCAGGUAGAGGCCCAGCUCAACCAAAUCGCCGAUGCUCGCAAUCCCGCCAAUCCUGAUUCUCAGCGACGGAGGAGAGACGUUGAAGCCACCGUCCAGCAAUGGAACGAUGGCUUCUUCGGCCCCCGAGGCAUCCAAGUUCGCCUCGAGCCCCCGAGAACUCCCUCGGCGCAGAUGCCAGGUGCUUGGGAGGCCAACUUUGACCAGGCAUCGGAAGCUGGUCGAUCUACCCAGUCCUCGCAGACUGCAGGCCGCUCUGCUCCGGCUAGCGGUGGUUCAUGGGGCGGUUUCCAAGUCGAUGACAACGGUGUUCGGUAUGGCAACAGCUUUGUCGCGGACCAAAAUGGCUUGCGCAUCGGAAAUUUGAUCAUGGAUCAGCGCGGCAUUCGUUUUCAUAAUGACGCUGCGCAAGGUCAACUGCCAGCCGCAGAUGCUGACCGGGAUGUUCGCGGCCGGACAGCCUAUCAACACGGGGGCGAUGAAGAAGCAUGCCACAAACGCUCUUCUUCGGCCUCCUCCACAUCUUCUUCUUCCUCUUCGAGUUCUGAAUCAUCCAUUGGCUCUCUCCCCAGCUACGAUGAUAUUCCUGUCAACUCUGUGCAGCUUUACAUUGCCCGACUCCAAGAUUGGACCAAGAAUCCUGACCAGCUCCGCACCAGGGGUGACGUCAAGCAGCUCAAGGCCGAACUCAAGGGCGUCCCCAAGUCUCGGGAUGUGCCUACUGAUGUGGAUAAGAAAGAGCUCAAGGCACAGAUUAAGACGUUGACAACUCUUUGGAGACAAGUCAAGAAGAAUCAGAGAAGAGAACGCAGGGCCCAGAGAAAGGAGCGACGUGGCAAGAGGAGGGCAGAACGUAAGGAGAAGAGGCAGCAUAGAAAAGAGAUGAGAAAGGCCCGGAGGGAAGCCCGGAGAGGCCAAAGCACCCCCGUGCCUCCCGUACCUCCGCCUCCGCCUCCCCCCUGUAUCCCCCCUCUGCCGCCGCAUGUUCCUGGAACCACGGUGCCGCCCGUUCCUCCCGUUCCUCCGGUGAAUGCCUCUCCAUGGACUGGCACUUUCCCAUGGGGCCGCGGUAGAGGAGGCAGAGGAGGCAGAGGAGGACACCAUCCUCACCCCCAUCCUCACCAUCACCAGCCACAUUACGAUUUGCCUCGAGGAAGAGGCUGGGGCGCAUGGAAUAAUCCCCAAGCCUCCAAUGGCAGGGGCUUCGCGGGCAAGAAUGGCGUGUUUGGGCCGGAUGGGCCGUUUGGUCCUGAGGGACCAUUCGGUCCAGGAGGACCGUUUGGCGAAAAGGGCAUAUUUGGAAGCGACGGCGUAUUUGGUCCGAAUGGUUUCUUUGGACCUGGCCAGGAUGAGAAGCAACAGCAGCAGCACGCAGAGCAGCAGAGACAGCAAGCAGAACAACAGAGGCAGCAACAGCUGCAACACGCAGAACAACAGAGGCAGCAGCUGCUGCAACACGCAGAGCAACAGAGGCAACACUAUCAACAACAAGCGGAGCAGCAGAGGCAGCACGCAGAGCAGCAGAGGCAACACUAUCAACAACAAGCCGAACAGCAAAUACAGCAUCUGCAACAACACCAGCAACAGCAGUGGCAACAAUACCAACAGCAACGGCAGGCCAGUGCCUCAUCCCUGCCCGGCUCCUGGCCCGACGAGAAAAAGCAGCAGCAGCAGCAGCAGCAGCCAGCUUCAGCCUCGCAAGACGACGACCAAAUCCCGCCUCCCGGCCCGAGGGCUUCCGCAAAGUAUAACACCAUAGGGGCCCUGGAGAGGACCAUCCAGGCGCAGACCGCGGCGGCGGAGAAGGCCGAGGGUCUUCAGAGGGAGCAGGUGGAGAAGGCGAUUGCGACGAUGAAGAAGCAGCUGGAGGCGUUGAGGGUGCAAGCUGACGAGGAGUAUGCGAAGGAGUUGAGUGGGAAUUGA